CCCGCCCCCCGCCCCUCGCUCCCAUCCCCAGUUCCAUCAAAGCGAACCCGGGCCAGCGCAAGGAUCUCCGAGUUGCGAGUGUGCUGAGGCUGGGACUGUCACUCAUUCUCCGAUCAGCGCGUGAACGCAGCUCGGCAGCCGCUGGCAGGAAACAAUUCUGCAAAAAUAAUCAUACUCAGCCUGGCAAUUGUCUGCCCCUAGGUCUGUUGCUCUGCCGCCGUCCACACUCGCUGCAAGGGGGGGGGCACAGAAUUUACCGCGGCAAGAACAUCCCUCCCAGCCAGCAGAUUACAAUGCUGCAAACUAAGGAUCUCAUCUGGACUUUGUUUUUCCUGGGAACUGCAGUUUCUCUGCAGGUGGAUAUUGUUCCCAGCCAAGGGGAGAUCAGCGUUGGAGAGUCCAAAUUCUUCUUAUGCCAAGUGGCAGGAGAUGCCAAAGAUAAAGACAUCUCCUGGUUCUCCCCCAAUGGAGAAAAGCUCACCCCGAACCAGCAGCGGAUCUCAGUGGUGUGGAACGAUGACUUUUCUUCUACUCUCACCAUCUACAAUGCCAACAUUGACGACGCCGGCAUUUACAAGUGUGUGGUCACUGGCGAGGAUGGCAGUGAGUCAGAGGCCACAGUCAACGUGAAGAUCUUCCAGAAGCUCAUGUUCAAGAAUGCACCAACCCCGCAGGAGUUCAGGGAGGGGGAAGAUGCCGUAAUCGUGUGUGAUGUGGUCAGCUCCCUCCCACCAACCAUCAUCUGGAAACACAAAGGCCGAGAUGUCAUCCUGAAAAAAGACGUCCGAUUCAUAGUCCUGUCCAACAACUACCUGCAGAUCCGGGGCAUCAAGAAAACAGAUGAAGGCACUUACCGCUGUGAGGGCAGGAUCCUGGCACGGGGGGAGAUCAACUUCAAGGACAUUCAGGUCAUUGUGAAUGUGCCACCCACCGUCCAGGCCAGGCAGAGCAUAGUGAAUGCCACCGCCAACCUUGGCCAGUCCGUCACCCUGGUAUGCGAUGCUGAAGGCUUCCCAGAGCCCACCAUGAGCUGGACAAAGGAUGGAGAACAGAUAGAGAAUGAGGAAGACGAGAAGUACCUAUUCAGCGACGACAGUUCGGAGCUCACCAUCAGGAGGGUGGAUAAGAAUGACGAGGCGGAGUACAUCUGCAUUGCCGAGAACAAGGCUGGAGAGCAGGAUGCGUCCAUCCACCUCAAAGUCUUUGCAAAACCCAAAAUCACGUAUGUAGAGAACCAGACGGCUAUGGAACUGGAGGAACAAGUCACUCUUACCUGCGAAGCCUCGGGAGACCCCAUUCCCUCUAUCACCUGGAGAACUUCCACCCGAAACAUCAGCAGCGCAGAAAAGGCUUCGUGGACUCGACCCGAGAAGCAAGAGACUCUGGACGGGCACAUGGUAGUGCGCAGCCAUGCCCGCGUGUCGUCCCUGACCCUGAAGAGCAUCCAGUACACAGACGCUGGAGAAUACAUCUGCACCGCCAGCAACACCAUCGGCCAGGACUCCCAGUCCAUGUACCUCGAAGUGCAAUAUGCCCCCAAGCUGCAGGGCCCCGUGGCUGUGUACACUUGGGAGGGGAACCAGGUGAACAUCACGUGCGAGGUAUUCGCCUACCCCAGUGCCACAAUCUCAUGGUUCCGAGAUGGCCAACUGCUGCCAAGCUCCAACUACAGCAAUAUCAAGAUCUACAACUCCCCCUCCGCCAGCUACCUGGAGGUGACCCCGGACUCUGAAAAUGAUUUUGGAAACUACAACUGUACUGCAGUGAACCGCAUUGGACAGGAGUCCUUAGAAUUCAUCCUUGUCCAAGCAGACACCCCAUCCUCACCAUCCAUCGACCAGGUGGAGCCAUACUCCAGCACGGCACAGGUGCAAUUUGAUGAGCCAGAGGCCACAGGCGGGGUGCCCAUCCUCAAAUACAAGGCUGAGUGGAGAGCCAUGGGUGAGGAAGUGUGGCAUUUCAAGUGGUAUGAUGCCAAAGAAGCCAACAUGGAGGGCAUCGUCACCAUCGUGGGCCUAAAGCCUGAGACGAGGUACGCCGUGCGACUGGCAGCCCUCAAUGGCAAGGGUCUGGGCGAGAUCAGCGCAGCCUCCGAGUUCAAGACACAGCCAGUCCAUAGCCCUCUUCCACCGGCUCCUGCUAGCUCUUCCACCCCUGUUCCAUUGUCUCAUCCAGAUACAACCUGGCCUUUUCCUGCUCUUACAACCACAGAACCAUCUAAAGGGGAACCCAGCGCACCUAAGCUCGAAGGGCAGAUGGGAGAGGACGGAAACUCAAUUAAGGUGAACCUGAUCAAGCAGGACGACGGCGGCUCCCCCAUCAGACACUAUCUGGUCAAGUACCGAGCGAAGCCGUCCUCCGAGUGGAAACCAGAGAUCAGGCUUCCAUCUGGCAGUGACCACGUCAUGCUCAAGUCCCUGGACUGGAAUGCUGAGUAUGAGGUCUACGUGGUGGCUGAGAACCAACAGGGAAAGUCCAAGGCGGCUCAUUUUGUGUUCAGGACCUCGGCCCAGCCCACGGCCAUCCCAGCCAAUGGCAGCCCCACGUCAGGCCUGAGCACCGGGGCCAUCGUGGGCAUCCUCAUCGUCAUCUUUGUCCUGCUCCUUGUGGUUGUGGACAUCACCUGCUACUUCCUGAACAAGUGUGGCCUGCUCAUGUGCAUCGCCGUCAACCUGUGCGGAAAAGCUGGGCCCGGAGCCAAGGGCAAGGACAUGGAGGAGGGCAAAGCCGCCUUCUCGAAAGAUGAAUCCAAGGAGCCCAUUGUGGAGGUGCGAACUGAGGAGGAGCGGACCCCAAACCACGAUGGAGGGAAACACACAGAGCCCAACGAGACCACACCGCUGACGGAGCCCGAGAAGGGCCCCGUAGAAGCAAAGUCGGAGUCCCAGGAGACAGAAACGAAGCCAGCGCCAGCCGAAGUCAAGACGGUCCCCAACGACGCCACGCAAACAAAGGAGAACGAGAGCAAAGCAUGAUGGGUGAUGAGAAACGAGCAAAGAUCAAAAAGAAAAAGUGACACAACAGCUUCACCAGAGCAUUUCCAAUAUCACACACACACACACGCACACACACAAACACAUCUCAUUCCUCUAGUGUCUUUUGCCUUUAAAAAAAAAACUAAACAGAUAAACAUGGAAUCUCCUUUUUGUAGGUUUAUAGAAAGGGUUCCUUUGUUGCCCACUCACUUGUAAGAAAAUGAGACAAAAAGGUUAAACCCACAGCCAAACUAGGACACUCCGUUCCCUGAAACCAUUUAAAAAUCAAACAAAAGGACCCCAAAUUAAGAAUCUAGGAAGCUCAGAAAAAAAAAAAAAAUCUAGGUUCAGGAAGACCACACGUGGUGUUGCCCGAUUGGCACAGACCAGUUGCAGAGAAAUACUUCCAGGCACUAAGACUAACCGAAUGAACAAAGUCCAAGUUUAUUUUUAUACUUUCAGUCGAGUUUGAACUCUGUAAAACCUCAUAAAUAAGUUAUAAUUUCUGUUCACUUUGUAAUUUGUUCAGUAUGCAAAGUGUGUCACCCUUUCUAGCUGAAUUCAGUUCCCACGUAGACUCUCGUUUUGUAGGAAAAAUGCCAAAUUGCAGCUUCUGGGGGUAGAUCUCAAUUUGCAGUAUUUGGAUUUCUUUUUCUUUCCUUUUCUUUUUCACUCCUGUUUUUUUUCCCCCUUUCUGCCAACUUUGUUUUCCAGUGUUUACAAAUUGACAAAUGUUUGACUUUGGUUGUGUUUAAAUAUCCGUGUAAAAUAGCUGCCUUUUUUUUUUUUUUUUUUUAAAGUUACACAUACUGCCUAGAGGCGGGCAGGAUCCUCACAGGCUUGCUUUAGCACAGGACAACUUUACAAAAUAUGAUUGUUUACAGUGGCUCUUUCCCCCCAGUCUCAUUGGAAAUUUUUGCCUGUGUGCAACUCAGGUGAAAAUCCAUCUCGUUCUGGAAUGGUUUUGCUUUUUCGUUCUCGGUUCUUUGUGUGUUUCCUCGGGGGUUAGACCACUUUCUGAUUAGCCACCACCUGGCCUGUAUCUGUGAAAAGGAUCUGCUCCCCAGGCAUCCAAGUCCUUCCUUUUGAAGGACUUCUUAGGCUUUGUUGAAUGAAGCAGAGAAGAUUGUAUAGUUGGGGCUGGUCUUGGUGAACACACAUUUUUACCCCCAACAUCCCCUUUUUGUAGAAAGCCAAAUAAAAUAUAUACAUACAGUUUCCUUUUGAGCCCAGAAUCUAGAUUUGAGCAAAGAGGAUGUGCGCUUCAGGGAAUUAGUGUCAUUUUUUGGAAAUCUGUUGAAGUCAAGUAACAUCAGCCUUCUGUUCCCUUAGGCAGCAUUUGUAGAAACAAAAGAAAAAGAGAAAAAAACGACCUGCUGUCUGGAGUCAUAACACAACUUUCCUGGAUUGGAAACCAAGUGGGAGAAAAAAAUACAGAAACUUUAAGGGGGAUGGGAGGGGGGAAAAGGGAAAAGCCAGCCCUUUGUAUAGAAAUUUUGCUUUUUUUUCUCAUUCUACUUUAGACCUGCAAGCUUGUGCACUGUGGAUGCGUGAAUAUUUUAGUGUGAAACGUGUUUUUGUCAUAGUAUUGAAAUAAAACUUCAACAUAGUUUGGUUGUGGAAGGUAUAGCAGAUAGUUCAGAAAAAAAACUAUUCAGGAAACAAAAAUAACUCUUCAAAGGAAUUGAAGCCUUUAAACAAAGAAAAUGGAAUAAAAGUGAUGAUGAGGAUAAAGAUGAUGCUAGGUCAACAGAAGCCAGCCCCCUGGCACGUGUUCCUUUCCUAAGGUUCAAAGCAGCAAGAGGCGAGGGGAAGGCCUGCCCCGAGUCCAUUGUGUGGGCCUCGCUCCCCCAUGUUCUCACACUUCUGCAGUCUGAUCAGUGGCAAUAUGCUAGAUUUUCAUUUCAAACUGUGAAAAAAUAAUGGUCUUGUCAUUUGCUCAGUGUCGGGUUAUUUUGCAUUUUCUCAGCUCCUGGGGAUGGAGAUGGAGGAUCCCACUGUACCCAGUUCUGGCUCCUUUGAUUCUAGGGCUGGCACAAAUCUAUGGUUCAAAUGCCCAGGCCCUCAGGAACAAGCCACGUGAGGAUGGCUCUUAGAGCACACGGCGGAAUGGGAGCCGUGGGGGUCUGAGACGGAGAGGACCCAGUGGGGCGUGGUGGGCACAUCCCGUCUCCAGGAUGUCAGUGGAAUCAGUUCUGCAUCUUGUGAUGUUAACGGCUUUGACUACCUAGGCCAAGCUCACACCAUACCUCAUCGAGACUGUGCGUUUCACUCCGAGUGGUUGUGGUUAGGCAAACUGAUUUUGCUUCUGAUGCUUAGGAAGAGAAAGAGGUAUAGUCAACCCUCAGAUAACCUGGCCCAGGGCAGCCGAGCCCCUGACCCGCCCAGAAACCUGGCUCCGCCAUUAGCUGGAACCCAAGAUUCUGCCCACCUUUUGGUCUGCCCCUGCCCAGUUAUACAUAGAUUCGUCUCUGCAUGCAUGAGCUUCCCUUUCUUUAAAAAAAAAAAAAAAAAAAAAGCCGAAAAAAAACAGAGCAAUGCUUUCUCUAAAAUCAAAGAGGGAGUCACUUUAUUUUCAAGAUGUUCUAUCUUUUAUGUUAAGAGAUAAAAGCUUAUAGUUUUCCUUUUUUAAUUUUUUGAAGGCAAGAUCAACUCUACCAGUUUCCCACGUCUAUGUGUCUAUAUGUGUAUGUGCCGUACAUAUGUAUUCACAUAAAUGCUGGCAUGGCCAAGUUCUGCUGGAGGGGCGCUCGAGUGCCGUGCGCGGGGUCUCCAAAUCCUGAAGGGCUGUAGUGUAUCUAGUGCAGCUUUUGAAGUGGAACUCUCUUUUCACACUUUUCUAUGGAGCCUUCCAAAUCCCAGGUUUUCACCCUAGGCUGUCUGUCUGGAUGGAGGUUUUCAGACCUCCAUUAACAUCCCUACCCAGCAUUCCCUACUUCGGGGGCCUUCUCUCUUGUUAUAAACUUUUUACCAAGUGAAACAUCAAUACCACCUUUGUUUCCAUUCUCACUGGUGUAAAUACUGAGUACUAACUGAGAAUUUUGACUUUGCAUUCUGUCAGA